AGUUCAAACUACAAGUCGAAUAAUUCGAGUGGUAUGAGCUACUCCAAAUUUAAUGUACUACUGAUAAAACAGGUAUCCUGCCGUGUCAGUCGCAGGUCUUGGAUAACGACGAUAUCAAAAGAGAUGUGGAAUUCAGCUUGUUAA